UAAUAAUAAUAAUAAUAAACGCUUCCACUUUUUGUAACAGUCGUAUUCGGGUGGCGCCACCGCUCUCCGCCGUCUUCCCUUCCAUAGUUAAAGGAAACGCACCUAAUUCGGGUUGUUACAGGAAAGAUACGAAGAACAAUACAUAUUAGUUUGUACAUUGUAGUUGAUUAGUACGUAACCUAAUUAAUUAUAACAAUAAUUCUUCAAAUCAAUCAUGGGUUUUCUCCAUAAUCUCUGGGACGAAACGCUCGCCGGCCCCACCCCUGACUCCGGCAUCGGAAAGCUUCGUAAAUACAAGUCUCUCCGCGUCCGUUCCGGCAGCAAUAUCGAUCCUUCAAACGCCGACGAUAUCUCUCCGGUUUCCCGCAGCAUCACCAUCCUCCGAAGCAACAGCCUCUCCGCCUCUUCUGAUUCAGGAUCCUCCCCCUCUUCUCCCUCCACCCCCGUCACCCCCGGCUCAACAUUCUCACCAACAAGUCCUGGCGGGAAUAUCAAGAAAUUGACCCGAGCAAAGUCAACUGCCGGCGGCACGCAUUCUUCGAGGACAAAACAUCCUACGGGUUAUGAUUGGAUUGUUUUGAGUGCAUUGGAUCGUUGAAAUAUACGAAACCGUUGAGUUUCGGCUUCCAUGAGAAAUCUCUAUAUGUAUAUAUAUUAAAAAAAAAAUCUUUUCCCAAAUCUCCUAUAUAAAAAUCUGUACAUAUAUUAGGUAUAAUUAUAUAUAUUUAUAUCGCAGCCCAUGAUAUGAUCGAUGUGGCGGAUGGUUUCCUUUGUUUUUUUCUUCUUCUUUUUUCUUUUGUGUACAUAUGAUUUAAGGUUAUAUAUGCUGAACU